AUGUCAUUUUCCGAAAUUCAAAUCUUGAAGACUAUUUAUAAUAAUGACUUUACACACUCUAAUACAUUCCCCCUUCGAUAUGCAAUAAAUAUAUCGGGUUCGGCUGAAGGACAACAACAUGAGAACAGUAUUGACAAUGCUAAUAACCAAAUUCAGAUACUAUUUGAUAUUCCAAUCAAAUAUCCAAAACAACCAAUUAAUUUACGUGUAAUAAAUCCAUUAUACGACACCAAUAAAAAAGAAAUUAUCGACGUUAAAGAACUGCAAACACAACUUGAAGCUCAUGCUAGGGAAUUAGCAGAGCAAGAAGAAUUUGCUAUGUACGAGGUAGCAGAAUUUAGUCGAACUUGGCUUUGGGAACACGAAAAUAAUCAUCAAUCAAUUAAAACACUCAGGGGAGAAUUUUGGUUGGGCGAAUGGAUGGAUCGUACUUUGGAUUGGCGUAUUGAAUCAUAUUCACCUGCUCGUAUUAUGCAAGUGCAAUUUGAGGCAGAAAGAAAAGUCGUAGAGAAGUCUGAUGAAUUAAUUGGUAUUAUCGUUUCCAUCACACAAGCUCGAAAAUAUUUGCGCUCGAAUCUUUGGGAUAUUGAGAAGUCAGUUGAUGCGUUGAAGAAUGAUUAUAAAGAAGGAAAAUUUCAGGAAACAGCAAGAAUAAUCGCCGACGAAAUAGAGAAUCUCAAUAGUAUGGACAACUUUAACGAUAACACAGCAGAAAAUUCUUUAAAAACAUGUGCUAUUUGCUUCGAUGAUUACCCAAAAAAUGAGACUACAGUAUUUGCACCAUGUAAACAUGUUGUUUGCAAUGACUGCUUUAUCCAGUACCUCACAAUUAAAGUUUCUGAAAAACAAGUUUUCGAAAUUUACUGUCCUGGUGAAUCGAAAUGCAAAGUUCUUGUGGAUCCAAUCACUAUUGGAUGGAUGUUAUCCAAUGAACUAACCACGAAAUAUCAUACAUGGUUUCGAGAUUCGUUUAUUCAACUACAACAAAAUUCAUUGAACAAAAAAUAUUUGUGGUGCAUUGACGGAAAAUGCAAUCACGCUAUUUCGCAUAAAAUAUCUAUGAAUAGCAGUAGCAACAACAACAGCAAUGGACUUUUACAUUGUAAUGGAUGUGACUCGACAUGGUGUCAAACAUGCGAAAAAAAUGGUGGACAUUGGCCAGCUACUUGCAAAGACUAUCAACAUUAUGCUCGAAAUAAUCACACAGUUGUUAUAGCUGUUCCAAAAAUAGCUCCUGUUGAAAGUCUUUCCACGAAGCCAUGUCCAAAUUGUAAAAUUAUGGUCUCGAAAAACGGUGGAUGUAUGCAUAUGAUUUGCGCAUUUUGUCAAUUCAAUUUCUGUUGGGGAUGUGGAGUUGAUUGGAAUUCGAGGACUCAUACCGCAUUUUAUGAAUGUGAUGAACCAAAAUUCAAUGUACAGACAACUUAUGAAGUAUUCGAAAUCGAUGAUAUCCAAAAAUCGCCCGGACAAUUUCAAAAAAACUUUAAACGUGGAGUAAUAUUUUACACAGCAGGAAUAAAAUCUCACACAGCAAAACUAAAUUUACUCCGCAAACAACCCAAAAAUCGGAAACACGAAGAGCCUAUUCUACAAUUACAAAUAAAAUUGAAUUCUCUUUUAGUUCAAGUCAAUUAUAUUUUAAAAUAUACAUCGAUGGCAUUUUUCGCUCGUGCAGAGAAAAUCACCCAUGCAGUUCGAAAUGCUGUUGAGGCUAGUCAACGAGUUUCGAUUGGGUUGCUUGCGCUGGAAUCGUUGGAAGGGAGAGUAUUGGAGGUUGAUCGUUUGAAGCUCAGUCAAUCAGGAGGUAAUAGUGCUGGAGGAUCAAAAGAUUGUAUACCAGUACAAGAUAAAGUAUUGAAAUUACAGCAAGAGUUUGAAAAAUGCAAUGCUCAGAUUAGCAGUAAUGUCAAACGAUUGUUUAGCUCUUUAAAAGAUAAAAAUAAUAAUCCAAGUAACGAUGAUGAAAUUGAGUGGUUUCAUGGAAACGCGGAGAUUGAAACGUCAGCAUUAGACGAUAAAGAUAAGAAGCCGCUUCCAUCUCCAGAAACAAAAGAGCAACUUCAGCAACUCAUGAUAGAUUUAGAAGAAAUCAGAGCACUUCGUAAUCUAGACGAAAAAAUUUUAAGUACCAAAAACAGAUUGGACAUUGGAAUUGUAUAUUCCCCUGAACCGGAGACACUUUCGAUUUGUAUCUGUAACAUGAAACGUGAAAUGUCCAUUCCAUUGAGAGAAAUUUCGGCGAUUAAAAUUUUGCCAGAGCCUGACAAAGAGAUUUAUAUCAGGUUGCGGUUUGCUAAAAGUUAUCGAGAAAUUUAUAAGGAGGUUUAUAAAGAAGAGAAUCAAGACAAUUUUAACCAUUUGGCUUUCUUUGGAUCAAAGAGGUUUCGAUGUAAACCAUUCGAAAGCAUCGACUCUGAAUUAGUUCAGAAUUUUGUGAAGCGAGUUCAAAAGGUGGUUCAUUUAACUUACGUUUCAAUGAAUCGCAACCCUUUUGAUAUCGCUCCAGGAGAAGUAAUUCAUGGCGAGAUUGGUAAAGGAAUGUACCAAGAAAAAGAGUCACGCAGAAGCGUAGAUUAUUUCUUCGCACGUGAAAAAAAGUUGAUGAUGGAAGAAAAAGAAAAGGAAGAUAAAUUGUUAGAAAAGCCGUUUAAUAUCGACAUGAAUAUUCUAUGCAAAUUUGGAAUCGAAAUACGUGCUAUAAAAUGGCCGAUUGAAGAUUCUUAUCAUCAUCUAGUAUACUUUAUUAAACAACGAUUCAAGCGACCUGUUAAUAAGAUUUAUUGCAAAUUAACGGGUGAUACUAAUAAUAACAAUAGUAAGAGUGGUGGUGUUGUCGAUAUUAAUGGUUGUAGUUGCUCUUGGAUUCCUUUGUAUACGGAAGAGGAAUGGAAAUCGGUCAAGGAAAAGGUGGAUACUAAUAAUAGUGUUAGAAUUUUGUUUUAUAUAAAAUGA